ACAGGCGGUUGACCCAUCUGCCCACCGGAGCCUCCGGGCUUCGACAUGCUGGAGGAGCCCCUGCUACGGCCACCGCCCUCGGGCCUCGCCGGUCUCCUGUUCUUGGCCUUGUGCAGUCGGGCUUUAAGCAAUGAAAUUUUGGGCCUGAAGCUGCCCGGUGAGCCGCCACUGACAGCCAACACAGUGUGCUUGACACUGUCAGGCUUGAGUAAGCGUCAGCUAGGCCUGUGCCUGCGCAGCCCCGACGUGACAGCGUCCGCACUUCAGGGUCUGCACAUUGCUGUCCACGAGUGUCAGCACCAGCUGCGCGACCAGCGCUGGAACUGCUCAGCGCUCGAGGGCGGUGGCCGCCUGCCGCACCACAGCGCCAUCCUCAAACGCGGUUUCCGGGAAAGUGCUUUCUCCUUCUCCAUGCUGGCAGCUGGGGUCAUGCACGCAGUCGCCACAGCCUGCAGCCUGGGGAAGCUGGUGAGCUGUGGCUGUGGCUGGAAGGGCAGUGGUGAGCAGGACCGGCUGAGGGCCAAGCUGCUGCAGCUGCAAGCACUAUCUAGGGGCAAGAGUUUCCCCCACUCCCUGCCUAGCCCUGUGCCUGGUUCAGGCCCCAACCCUGGCCCUCAGGACACAUGGGAAUGGGGUGGCUGUAACCAUGACAUGGACUUUGGAGAGAAGUUCUCUCGGGAUUUCUUGGAUUCCAGGGAAGCUCCUCGAGACAUCCAGGCACGAAUGAGGAUCCACAACAACAGGGUGGGACGCCAGGUGGUAACUGAAAACCUGAAGCGAAAAUGCAAGUGUCAUGGGACAUCAGGCAGCUGCCAGUUCAAGACAUGCUGGAGAGCAGCCCCAGAGUUCCGGGCCGUGGGAGCAGCUUUGAAAGAGCGGCUGGGCAGAGCCAUCUUCAUCGAUACUCACAACCGGAAUUCUGGAGCCUUUCAACCUCGUCUGCGCCCCCGGCGCCUCUCAGGAGAGUUGGUCUACUUUGAGAAGUCUCCUGACUUCUGUGAGCGAGACCCCACCGUGGGCUCCCCUGGCACAAGAGGCCGGGCCUGCAAUAAGACCAGUCGCCUGUUGGAUGGCUGUGGCAGCCUGUGCUGUGGGCGAGGGCACAAUGUGCUUCGGCAGACACGUGUGGAACGCUGCCACUGUCGCUUCCACUGGUGCUGUUAUGUGCUGUGUGAUGAAUGCAAGGUCACAGAAUGGGUCAACGUGUGUAAGUGAGGGUCACCCUCUUCUUGGGGCUAGAGAAGGGGGCUGUAUGAGAAGGGCAUCUUUUCAGCCCUUUGCUUUUGGUCCAGGGCCAAUCUCGAUCCCUGGAAUCUCAAAAGUAUCUAUCCAGAAACAGCUUGGAUGUGUAUGGGGGAACAGGUGAAGUCUGUGCUAUGUAGCCAUCUCCCAACAAUUGGAAGGUCUUCCAGUGAUGGAAGCCAUUACUACCAUCUGCUCUUCACACAUCUAAAUGGUUAGAGAUGAAAUGCACUGUAUUGCUUUCCCCCUUCUCAGCCUCCACGGUCUCUUUAACUCUGAUUCAUACUCCUUCUGGCUGGGGAGGCCCUAUACUAUGGCCACUCUCCUUUCCUCAAAGGAUAAAUCCAGACCCUCUGGGACACUAUUGUCCUAUAUCUAAAAAGAGACCACUCCCUCCUACUUGUGGUUUCCAAACUCAGAUCUACCACAAUUUGGAUGCCCUCAUAUGGACUGGGAAUCAGGAAUGGUAGAGAUGUUUUUCUUGGAGAAAGGAUGGGGGAAGGAUGGUGUUUCUCCCCUGAAUCUUCAGAGAGUCUUUGAUCCAGGACCUUAGGGAAGAUGUCUUUUUCCAUUCAUGUUAAAAAAAAAAAAAAAGGUCUCUCUAAAGAAAGGGUUUUACCUGGGACUCUUGGAGUCUCUUUCUCUCUCUUUUUUUUCCUUCUUCAGUAAGAGGGGUGGGAAUGGA